AUGUUUGCGUUGACGUCCCCGAGUGUUUGGGACCUUGGAGUGCUUGGUUGGGAUUUGGCAAGGAGUGCGGCCAUUUACGAUAAUGCUUGGUUGGAUCCGGCAAGGAGUGCUUGGCUUGGUUGGGAUCUGGCCCGUUUACAAUAA